GCACAAGAUACCAACUCAUAUUCAUUAAAUAUUUAUUUAAAUUGAUCCAUCCAUAAAAUAACGCCUUUUUCCCGGAGGGGUAGGCAGAGGCUACAUCUUUCCACUUGUCACGAUCUCUGCAUACUUCUUUUGCUUCAUCCACAUUCAUAACUCUUCAUGCAAACUCGGCGGUUUCGAGUACUCUUGAAAUAAAGUUAUUUUAUUUAUAGAUAAAACAAUUAAAUAAAUUCAUAACAUAACUAAAUUAUUAAACAAAUAUAAAUAGGUUUUAUCUGCCAUGGCGCAAUCCAAAGUGUCCCUUUCAUGGGACGCUUAUAGAAGCAAUGUUUGCAGAGGUUUGAGCUCCUUGCAACAGACUGAAGAAUUUGUAGACAUGACAAUAGCAGCCGACGGGCAUUUCGUGAAAGUCCACCAAGUAAUGCUAGCUCUAGCAAGCCCUUACAUCAAGGAACUCAUAUCUUCCAUAAAGUGCCCGCACCCUGUUCUCUUUUUAAAUAAAAUAUCACACACAACUCUGGGUUUGAUACUGGAAUAUAUUUACACUGGCCAAGUGUUGGUGUCGCUUGAGAACCUCACGGAUCUGUUGGUGGCAGGGCGAGAACUACAUAUAAAAGGCCUGGAAGAUAUGAAAUUACAUGAAGGCCUCACUUUGAGGCAAACAAAUGAUGAUUCUGAGAACGAGGAUGCACAGGACGAUGACGUGUGCUAUUUUGAAGUGGCCGACCCGGGCAUGGAAGAAAACACUUCGGAAGCUGAAAUUUUAGGCGAUGCAUACAAUGACAUGAAAUGUAUGGCCAAUGAAAACGACCAUAUGGAGGAGUUGCAGGAAAUGCAUGUGAUUGAGCAUAGUGAAGCGUUGAGUGAAGCAGAUGAUCAGACUGCUGAUGUUAAGAACUCUAACUUGAAGAAGAAAGUUGAUACCAACGCGAAAGUGAUGCAGUACACCGUUUCGAACAAAGGCUCCUUACAGAUGAUACUAAACCGAUUUGUAUACUAUCUUAAACACACGAACCGGAAUAACACGAGGCAGUGGCGGUGUGUCGACUACGUGUCUCACAUCAAAUGUCCGGCCAGGGUGGUCACCAAAAACGAUAUGGUUUUACAGAGGGUCGCCGCACACAUACAUCCUUUCCACGACACGAAAAUCCUGAAGAAAGUGCGUCGAGGCGCCGUGUUCUCAGCUUUGAAAGACGCGAAGUUACAAGGGACACAGAACAACGACGAAACAUAGAUAGUUUAAAUUUAAUAAAUAAGUUAUUUUACUCGUU